GAUCGCUCGUCUUCCCGCUCGACCGCUUCCCCCCUCCGCGGCCUCGAGGCGCUUUCCGUUGGGCCUGCACCGCCCGCUUCCAGCCGCUCCCCGUCGAAGCUCCAGAGAUGAGUUUUUCCAUCUCUUCAGACAUGAACCAGAUUAUGACGCAUGAUUAUCACAGAAGAAAUUCAUGUCUAUAGCUUUUAAGGACUUGAUUACAUCAUUUCCAAGCCUGAUAGUUUUGGAAUCACCAUUAGAGCUUAAGACACCUCUGCCUUCACUUCAACCACCUGUCUUCAUACCUCAAAGAAGUGCUGAGUUUUAACACUCCUUUGUCCUUGAAUUAUUUAAGACAUCCCAGAAAUACAUUUCUCACCAGUAUAGAAGGCAAAUUUAUAAGGAAAAAUGAUUCCCAAUGGAUAUUUAAUGUUUGAAGAUGAAAAUUUCAUUGAGUCUUCUGUUGCCAAAUUAAAUGCCCUGAGGAAAAGUGGCCAGUUCUGUGAUGUUCGACUUCAGGUCUGCGGCCAUGAGAUGUUAGCACACAGAGCAGUCCUGGCUUGCUGCAGUCCAUAUUUAUUUGAAAUCUUCAAUAGUGACAGUGAUCCUCAUAGAGUUUCUCAUGUUAAGUUCGAUGAUCUCAAUCCAGAAGCUGUUGAAGUCUUGUUGAAUUAUGCCUACACUGCACAGUUGAAAGCUGAUAAGGAAUUAGUAAAAGAUGUUUAUUCUGCAGCCAAAAAGCUGAAGAUGGACCGAGUAAAGCAGGUUUGUGGCGAUUACUUACUGUCUAGAAUGGAUGUUACCAGCUGCAUCUCCUACCGGAACUUUGCAAGUUGUAUGGGAGACUCCCGUUUGUUGAAUAAGGUUGAUGCUUAUAUUCAAGAGCAUUUGUUACAAAUUUCUGAAGAGGAAGAGUUUCUUAAACUUCCACGGCUAAAGUUGGAGGUAAUGCUUGAAGACAAUGUUUGCUUGCCCAGCAAUGGCAAAUUGUAUACAAAGGUAAUCAACUGGGUGCAGCGUAGCAUCUGGGAGAAUGGAGACAGUCUGGAAGAGCUGAUGGAAGAGGUUCAAACCUUGUACUACUCAGCUGAUCACAAGCUGCUUGAUGGGAACCUACUAGAUGGACAGGCUGAGGUGUUUGGCAGUGAUGAUGACCACAUUCAGUUUGUGCAGAAAAAGCCACCACGUGAGAAUGGCCAUAAGCCGAUAAGUAGCAGUUCCACUGGAUGUCUCCCUUCUCCAAAUGCCCCGGUACAAAGCCCUAAGCACGAGUGGAAAAUCAUUGCUUCAGAAAAGACUUCAAAUAACACUUACUUGUGCCUGGCUGUGCUGGAUGGUGUAUUCUGUGUCAUUUUCCUUCACGGGCGAAACAGCCCACAGAGCUCACCAACAAGUACUCCAAAACUAACUAAAAGUUUAAGCUUUGAGAUGCAGCCUGAUGAGCUGAUAGAAAAGCCCAUGUCGCCUAUGCAUUACGCACGGUCUGGCCUGGGGACGGCGGAGAUGAACGGCAAACUCAUAGCUGCAGGGGGCUAUAACAGAGAGGAAUGUCUUCGAACAGUUGAAUGCUACGAUCCACAUACAGAUCAUUGGUCCUUCCUUGCUCCCAUGAGAACACCAAGAGCCCGAUUUCAAAUGGCUGUACUGAUGGGCCAGCUUUAUGUGGUUGGUGGAUCGAAUGGCCACUCAGAUGACCUGAGUUGUGGAGAGAUGUAUGAUCCAAACAUAGAUGACUGGACUCCUGUUCCAGAAUUGAGAACUAACCGCUGUAAUGCAGGAGUGUGUGCUCUAAAUGGGAAAUUAUACAUCCUUGGUGGCUCUGAUCCAUAUGGUCAGAAAGGACUGAAAAAUUGUGAAGUUUUUGAUCCUGUAACGAAAUCAUGGACAAGCUGUGCUCCUCUGAAUAUUCGUAGACACCAGUCUGCAGUCUGUGAGCUUGGUGGUUAUUUGUACAUAAUUGGAGGUGCAGAGUCUUGGAAUUGCCUGAACACCGUAGAACGUUACAAUCCUGAAAAUAACACUUGGACUUUAAUUGCGCCCAUGAAUGUGGCUCGACGAGGAGCUGGGGUAGCUGUUCUGGACGGAAAACUAUUUGUAGGUGGCGGCUUUGAUGGUUCUCACGCCAUCAGCUGUGUGGAGAUGUAUGAUCCAACUAGAAAUGAAUGGAAGAUGAUGGGAAACAUGACUUCAGCAAGGAGCAAUGCUGGGAUUGCAGCUGUAGGGAACACCAUUUAUGCAGUGGGGGGAUUUGAUGGCAAUGAAUUUCUGAAUACUGUAGAAGUCUAUAACCUUGAGUCAAAUGAGUGGAGCCCCUAUACAAAGAUUUUUCAGUUUUAACAAAUUGAAGAUUCUUUCAAACUAACAGGCUUAGUGAUGUAAUUGUGUUUAGUAGAGGUACAUUUGUGAAUAAGGAGGGUGGGUGGGUCUAGAGGUUGCUCACAGCAACACAAAGCUUUUGCAUAUUGCAUAUUAUUAAACAUGCUGUACAUACUCUUUGUGUUAUUGGGAAAGGAAUGCAAAGUUGAAGAUCUGUUUUGUGUAUUUUUAGGGCUACUUUGGUUAUUUUACUUUUUGGAACUUGUUACUGUAAAAGAAUAAACCAAGAAUUGAUUGGGCACAUCAUUUCAAGAAGUCCCCUCACCCCCACAUUUGUUUUGCCAAUUUGCACAUUAAAUGGCUUUCCUCAAAUGUGUAUUAGGGCAAGAGGGGGUAGAGUAUUAAGAUCUAGGCAUUUGGGUUUUUUAAGGGCCCUUUUUCAAUAACUGGAACACUCUAUAACAGAAGAUACUUAUUUAACUAGAUGGCAAUGACUUUUUCUUAUUAAAAGAAAGCUGACAUGCCUACCAAGAUUUAAUCUUGUAUGAUUGCCUUCUAUAACUUUUUAUAUUCUCAGCAGAGUGCUUUACCCGUUGAAGUAGGAUGUGGCACAUUCAAGUUACUGAAGUAGAAUGGUAGACUUAAAGUAUGCAGAGGGAGGUGUUUGUUUUACACAGCAGAAUGCAAGGUUCGGGGCUUUUGCCUCAGCCACAAUAAUAUUUUUGAGAAUGAAGUACCAAUGUUUAUUUGAAUGGAGCUGCUGAACAGUAACAUAGCUGUAAUUUUUAUUUGAAAUACUGAUUUUAAAUAUUACUUUUUGAGGGUAUUUCGUAUAGCAAGCCACUUAAUAUGUAACAGUAAAGAACAGUGACAUAUUUUAUCUUAUAAUUCCUGUUUUUAUCAUUAACAAAAUCCCAAAUGGCAGCCCUUGAUUUGUGAGAACAAUUAAUUUAAAUUGUAUUGGAUUUAUGAAUGCAGCCUUUAUUAGAACUAUGUUUUUGUUCAGUUUUUCUAUUCAUAUAGAUAAAUAUUGGUUGGGUGACUUGGUAUCUAGUAUGUAGUGCUAUACAUAUAACUUACGGUGCCAAAAUUAGCACAUCCAAUUGCCUGCUGCUGAUGCAAACUAUUAAAGGUACUUUGCAGGAAAUCUUUGCACCAUGGGAUUAAUAUGCAAAUGUUGUUUGUGUGCUCAUUCAUUACUGAAAGUCCUGGGGAAACUUAUUUUUUCCAAUAGCAAUGAGCUUAAAGUGUUUGGGAAAAAAUAUUCACCUGUCAUCUUACAUCUGAAAUAAGGAUUGAUGUAAGGUUUUAAGGUUUCUUCUCACAGAGAGACACAAACACUACAUUAAGCUAGUGUUUUCUAAACUAAAAGAGGCACACAGGAAUCUAAUGGGCCAGCUGGGACAAGAUGACUAUCCAGUGGUAGCUAUUCUGGGUUAGGAAGUAAAUGAGGUAUUUUCUGCAUAUUUCACUGGCACUUUGACACCUUCCCUUUAUCACACAAAAACCAUCAGGAAAGGAAGUCAGUUCACCUAGAGGCUAGUUCCUGCCUGUAUCUAUUGUUGGUUGUUCUGAACUAAAACUAGGUUGGCAAAUCUGAGCCCAAUGUGAUAACUUCUUUUUUUAAUGACUCUGUAUAUGUUCUAUUUAACACAGGAAAAUUAAGUUUAAGCAGCAAAAUCUUUGAAAUUCUCAGUUCCUAGGUAACACUUAAAUGCAAAUAAUAUGUGAGACUACUUUGGGUUAAAGUUUUCCUCCAUUACCAUUGAUGCCAAAUAGGUAUUCUGGUGGCUAAAAUAUGUUUUUCAAGUAUGUUUUGAAUAUAAGAAGCUUCCAAUUAAAAUUUUUUAACAGUA